AGGUACAGGUUGUUUCCAGAUCUCCUGGGGCCAACUGUCAUUAACUACUCUGGUAUAAAAGAGGCUGACAUAAUUUCUAGUCUUAAUCACAAAAGCUACUGAGCUCUUCGUAUGUGAAAAAGUAGCAAAGCAGAUCAUUGACUAUUUGGAUGAUAGAAGAGACUGACAGAAGUCGUGGUAGAAUGAAAACUAAAGCUGUUGUGCUUUUUGCCUGUGUCAUCUUCAUGGUUUUUCUUAUUGUUGAAAUCGGGUGUGCUCCAAAGGGUAAAACCAUAGUGAGAAAUUGGGGCCCACAAUCAAUUCUAUAUCUCAAAGGACGCUAUGGCAGGAGAUACACCUCUGAAAAGGAUGAACAGUAUUACAAGCUUAACCUGGAGGACUUCAGCGCAUUUUUAAAAAGUAAUUUCUGA